AUGACCCUUAAGCAACGUGUAAGCAUACGUAAGCAACAAGGAGCAACGCAGACAGCAACAAGGAGCAAAGCAGACAGCAACACGGAGCAACGUAGCAACACGGAGCAACGCAGACAGCAACAAGGAGCAACGCAGACAGCAACAAGGAGCAACGCAGACAGCAACACGGAGCAACGUAGCAACACGGAGCAACGCAGACAGCAACACGGAGCAACGCAGACAGCAACACGGAGCAACGCAGACAGCAACAAGGAGCAACGCAGACAGCAACACGGAGCAACGCAGACAGCAACACGGAGCAACGCAGACAGCAACACGGAGCAACGCAGACAGCAACACGGAGCAACGCAGACAGCAACACGGAGCAACGUAGCAACACGGAGCAACGCAGACAGCAACACGGAGCAACGCAGACAGCAACACGGAGCAACGCAGACAGCAACAAGGAGCAACGCCGACAGCAACACGGAGCAACGCAGACAGCAACACGGAGCAACGCAGACAGCAACAAGGAGCAACGCAGACAGCAACACGGAGCAACGCAGACAGCAACACGGAGCAACGCAGACAGCAACAAGGAGCAACGCAGACAGCAACACGGAGCAACACAGACAGCAACACGGAGCAACACAGACAGCAACACGGAGCAACACAGACAGCAACACGGAGCAACGCAGACAGCAACACGGAGCAACGCAGACAGCAACACGGAGCAACGCAGACAGCAACACGGAGCAACACAGACAGCAACACGGAGCAACACAGACAGCAACACGGAGCAACACAGACAGCAACACGGAGCAACACAAAGAAGCAGCAACACACCGCAGGAGCAAAGAACAGAUGUGUCACACAAUGCAACAGACGCAAUAUCGAGAAAGCGUUCUUUCUUGA